UUUGUAUUUUUUUUUUUUAUUGAUUGGUUUUUUUGUUGUUUGUUUUUUUAUGAUAUUUGCUUUGGUUGUUUUCUUGUAGAUUGGGAAUGCCUGCUUCAAAUUGAUUCAUGAAGCAGCUCAGCAACAUGGAAAAGACAUAUAUAUAGAGGACAUGUACGUAAUUCCUACAUGGAAGCGUACACCAAAAAACAUGGCUGUCAACUUUCCAGAAUCUUGCACAAACGAUAGAUCCUGGGAGCUGGACUGAAAAGACUGGGCAUGAUAUUGCGGUGAUUAAUAAAUGGACAUUUAGAUACUCUAAACAAAUAUAAUUAUAUCCCAUAUUCUGCAUAUCAUGUACAUGUCAUAAUUUAAAAGAGUGGCUGUGGCUUUCAUCUAUUUGACUUGUGUGUUACCUUUUUUGCUGCUUUUAGGGAUUGCCACGCCAAACCUUUGGAAAUGACUGCGGGAUUUUCAUGCUUAUGUAUACCCUUUGCAUUGUGACAGGUGUGGGGUUUGACUUCCACGAGAUGGACAUGCCUUUAAUUCGAAAGUGGUGGUGUCUUCUUUUGAUGGAGCACUUCAAAAUAGAAGGGCAUGGUCAGCGGUUUGCCUUCUGGACUGAUGAGGCCAGAAGCUUGGUCCAAGGAACACUUCAGCCUGUCUACAGAGUGCCAAGACAGAGUGCUGUCUCUGAGAAGGUCCCAGUCCACAUUGAGUCUGUGGAUGACCGCACCACAGAAGAAAAGAGACUGGUGGACUUUAUAGUAAAGUUACAGGGAUCUGAGGAGCAUUUGGUGGGUGUACUCAACGGGAAGCCCUCUAAGUGGUUACAUAAGGUAACCUCUUCCCGGGUGCCUGUCUACCUCGACAGUGAGGAACAGCAGGACAUCUUGUUUUCUUAUCUGAGAGGAUUGCUGGAUAGAACACCAACAGAAUUGAGCUUCACAGAUGCAGUGCAGUUCAUCUGUGAUGUUCUUUUUCCGGAGGCCAUCAUAUAUGCCCUGGCUGCCCUCCGGAAUUUGUCCUUGCAGGAGGCUGAGGAGGUCUUCCUUUCUGGUCCAGAUUAUCAUUUCAGUGAAGUGGAAGAAUUUAAUAGAAAGAUUGACAAACAACUGAGGAAAGAAGGGAGACCAUUCAAUUGGUGGGUAUUGCUCUUAUGUACUUAGACAUUUGAAGUUUGUAAUUUGAUGUCAGUAACAUGAAUAUUCUGUUUGGCUCUCUCUCUAAAACUCCAACAGUGCAUAAGUGUUAAAUCAUAUAUAUUCCAGUUGAAUAUGUUAAACAAAUGUUUCUUAUUUCUCUCUCUCU